AUGACCAUAUUGCCAAGCCCUGAUCCUCUUGUCUUGGGUGUCGUUAAGAUUACGGCUAUCAUGCCUCCGAAGACUGUUCCAGUGACUGGAGACGAUAUCUCCCCUGUGGCUAGUGACCCUCACCAUCCAUAUAUCUCGCACCGGCCUCUUCUUGAAGGCUAUAGCUUGCCCCUCAUAGUGCUCGCGUCUGGCGCAGGCUCGCGUCUGGCGCAGGUGGCCACCGCUAAUUAG